UUCGUCGCUACAAAACUUGAUUUGAACUGGAAAGCGCCUCGGUCAUUUUAGAUGUUGAUAUAAACAUAGCUAGAUGCCGUCCAUAAGACUCCUUGUUUUGGCGUGUGUGAUCCCCCUGGCGUUGGGGUUUAAGGAACUAAAGCACGUUUCCUACACUCAACUGCCCACAAGCAUCUCGUCGGCUGGCGCUGAACUGUUUCAAGGCAUCGAGAAAGGCACGGCAGACGCCGCAGCAUACGACUGGGUCAACCAUGUUCUCUACGUCGUAGGCAGGACGAGUCACUUGAUGCAUGUCAUUGACCUUACGGACCCAGCCAACCCCGUCCGUCUCUUCAUUCAUCAGUUCACCAGGGGAGAAGGCUUCCCUAACGACAUCGACAUCUGCGGCGGUGAGAUAGCUGUUGCACUGUCAGCCAACAGGGAGGUGAACGAGGGGCACGUGCGCUUCUAUCACACGUACACACGUGGGUCCGGUGCAACUGACGUCGUUUUAGAUGGAUACGUAACAGUUGGUCCUUACCCAAAGAGCAUCCGUUACACGGACGACUGUCAAUCUGUGAUUGUGGCCAAUGAGGGGAUUCCUGGAAAGGACGAGUUCAACACAUUUGUGAACCCCGAGGGCUCCGUCACCAUCAUCCACAACGAACGAACCGGCAACCCAGCCGUCCAGACCGUCGACUUCCGUAAAUACAACACCGAUGAUGCAGCUGCUUGGCCUUACCGGGUGCCAAGCAAAUACAUCCCGAUAAGACCUACCGUAGCUGAAGGCACGGAGCCGGAGGACGUGGUCGUGAGCAGCGAUGGCCGCACCGCCUGGGUCACUUUACUGGAAAAUGAUGCGAUCGCUGAAAUUUCCAUAACUGCUCAGGGACUUGGACUUGUAAACAACGCAGUACGUCUACCGAGAAAAGACUGGGCAUCAAAAAAAGUGGACACCAGCGAUCAAGACGGAGGCACGCACAGGCGGAUGUAUGCGGGACUCAAGUCACUGAGACAGCCGGGCAAGAUCGCUCGAUUGCGGAUCGACAACAAAGACUUCCUAAUCACCGCCGAUCAGGGGGGCGUGACGUCUUUCACUAAUGCUAAACACGGUUUUACAUGGACCGAUGCUACCACUGGCAAAAGCCUGGCCGCCAACAUAGACAACCCUGAAUUGAAGGCCAAUGCCAACGACGUUGGAUACCUGGGUCGACUCCAGGUGAGCAGCCUCGAGGGGAAGCUGUUCGACGGUAAGAACGCAGAGCUGGUGAUGUUCGGGGGCCGCGGUAUCUCCAUAUGGGACUCGAAAAACUUCGUAAGUCCCAUGUUCGACUCCGAAGGCAGUAUUGAGGAAUACACAGACAGCUUUUUCCACGAUAUCUUCAAUUGCGACUAUAUAGCCAGCACAGCAACGACCAAAUCUCCGGAUACUAACAAGGACACUACAUCAUAUCGACAGGGAGACUUUGUGUCGGGACUGGACGUGGCGGACGAUAACGGGACUGUGUACAUGGUGGUGGGUAUGUACGGUACGGGCUCUCUGAUAUUGUACGAGGUGGAUACAAGCGCAAAAGUGCCCAUUCCCAUGUUCCAGAACAUUGUCAGGACCGGUGGGGUCGAAGAUACAUGGUCCACACUCUACACAAACAAAAAGCUAGGGGACCUACACAUAUCAGACCUUGGGAUCAUAACGAGCGACCAGAGCCCGGUAGACCGGCCGCUGUUGUGGGUGGUCGGUGCAGGGUCCGGGUCAGUGUCGAUAUACAAUAUCACAGAAUCACUACCCGUCAUUCCAGGGAGAUAACGCACGAGUUCAGUUUUCCUAAGCAAACACAGUUCCUUUGUCUGUUGAUUGAAUACAUAAAAGUAAUGUGUU